AUGGCCUCAACAACAGCCAACAGAGCCUGGCGCCACAAAUUCGCCAACAUCACCUCCCCCUCCCAAAACAUCUCCCUCUCCAGUGCCACACCCUACCAAUUCCGCAUCCACUACGUCGACGUCCCCGCCUACAACAAGAACCCAGCAGAAACAGCCAAGAAACCCCCGAAAGGCACAAUCCUCCUCAUCCACGGCUUUCCGCAGACCUGGCUGCAGUUUCGACACGUGAUCGAUCCGCUCUCCAACGCUGGGUAUCGAUUGAUUGUGCCGGAUUAUCGUGGCGCGGGCAAUAGCCAGGCGCCGCCUUCGAAUGCGGGGUUUGCGGGGGGGAAAGGGGGUGGGUAUACGAAGGUGGUAAUGGCGGAUGAUUUGCAUACUCUUGUCCGCGAUCAUCUGGACAUCAAAGAGAAGAUCCACGUCUUCGGCCACGACAUCGGCGCCAUGAUCGCACACGCCUAUGCCUCUUUCUUCGCAGCGGACACCGCCUCCCUCAUCUGGAUCGACUGCCCGCUCCCGGGCAGCAAAUUCCACGACUCCGUGAAAAAAGCCCAAGUCUGCUGGCACUUCACCUUCCACAACGUCGAAGACGACCUCCCGGAGAAACUCGUCGAGGGCAAAGAACGGAUCUACAUGCGUCACUUCUUCGAUCGCCUGGCCGUCAACCCCUGGGGGAUCCCGCCCGGUGGCGAGGAGGAGGAUGCGUAUGUGCUGGCGUACAGUCGACCGGGCGCGUUUCGGGCGGCGUUUGAUACGUACCGGGCGUUUGAGGAGGAUGGGAGGGAGAAUUUGGAGUUGGUGAGGAGGGUGGGGAAGGCGAGGGUGCCGGCGUUGGCGAUUUCGGGGGAUGGAGGGUUUAAUAAGGUGGGGGCGAGGGAGCAGUUGGAGGAGUUUUACGAGAGUGUUGAUGCGCAGACGGUCAAGGAUUCGGGGCAUUGGGUUGUGGAGGAGGCGCCGGAGGAGUUUGUUGAGAAGGCGUUGGCGUGGCUUGGAAAGGUGUCUUCGUAG